AUGAUAGAACCGGAAUGCCUGGCCGCCUCUUGGGGCAUGAAACAAAGCCGCCAAUUCAUAGAAGGACUCCCCAACUUCGACUUGGUUACAGAUCACCGCCUCCUAGUGCCGAUCCUUAACGACUACGCUUUAGACAAGCUCGACAACCCGCGGCUCCCUCGUCUACGUCUUCAGAUGGCGCGAUACAAUUUUACCGCUCGGUGGGUUCCGGAAAACCGCAAUAUCGAGGCCGACGCCCUAUCGCGUUCACCAAUUGCUCCAGGCACACCCUCGGACAAGCUUGGGGAGGGACCCCAAAUAUUCACGGCCAGGAUUGCCAUGGUCGGGGUCAUUGCCGAAUCCCCCGCCACAAACAUCGACAUUACGCUUGAAAAAGUGAAACUAGCAGCCACAGCAGAUCCAGUAUUAGUGGCGAUGCGAACCACCAUACGGGAGGGUUUUCCAAAAGAAAAGAGCAAUCUGCCUCUCGCCCUUCGCCCGUACUGGGACGCUCGCCACCAACUCGCCAUAGACGACGCUGAUGACAUGCUCGUUUAUGGCGCACGCAUCGUCCUUCCACGAUCCAUGGUGAAAGAAACGAUCUGGACACUUGUCGGCAUGCACCAGGGCGCUUCAAAGAUACGCCAACGAACCAGGCUAUCGCUCUACUGGCCCCACAUAGGGGUCGAUAUUGCCCACGCCGCAGCCUCAUGCGAAGAAUGCGUAAGACAACUUCCUUCUUUACCGGUGGAACCUCUGCAACACCACGAACCAGCUCGGUGA